AUGUUUGCAGCAUAUGAUUUAACUCGGCAUUCAGAAGCAUCGAAGGUUCCGCUGGUUGCGUUGGAGCGUCUGUCUACACCGAUUACAGAAAAUUAUAUUAAAGCAAAUUAUAAUAAACAAAAGAUAGGGGUAACGUUUAAAAGAGAGCAAAAUACUGUUAUUAAUUGUAUAGAGAGUUUAAGCGAUGAAGAAAAACAAAAUUUUGAGCGAGAGCUGCAGCAAAACGGGUCUUAUAAACUCUCCUGCAGCAGCGAAAGCAGCAGCAACUGCAGCAGCAACAGCAGCAGCAGCAGCAGCAGCAUGAAGGAGUUUAUUAUAACAAGGGAUAUGGUCUCCUUCUCAUCAGCUGUACGCACUGUUUGCGAGCGUAGAUACACCCCAAGUGUUAUAGAGCCUUCAUUUGGCUUAGGCCGAAUAUUAUAUUGCACAUUAGAGCAUGCAUUUGCAUCUCGAGAAGUUUAUAAUCAAGAAGAAAGAGUUUAUUUAAGAAUCCCUGCGAUUAUAGCUCCUAUUAAAGUUGUUUUAUUACCGUUAUCAAAUAAUCCUACUCUAAUACCGAUGCUGCAGCAAGUGCAGCAGCUGCUGCAGCAAGUGCAGCAGCAUCAGCAAAUUGUAUUUAAAACUGAUACAAGCGGUGUAUCGAUCGGAAGAAGAUAUGCUAGAGCAGAUGAGAUAGGUAUCCCUUUUGCGAUUACUAUUGACUUUGAAUCUGUUGAAGAUAAACAAAUUACUUUACGCGACAGAGACAGCAUGCAACAAGUACGAAUGCCAGCUGCAGAUACACCUCAAAUCCUGUCCAAACUCUGCAUGCAAACUUUACUGUGGGGAGAUCUCAUUAAGAUAUAUCCGAUUGUCAGUGUUGAUGAACAAGAUUAA